AUGGUGUUUGGUGGGAACUUUGAACUAUUUAAAAUGCUUGGCACGCAGGAAAGGUCGACAUGUGCAACUUAUGCAAGAGUGCUGGAACAAAUCACACAGGAUGUGAAGGACGAGGAACUUCAUCCAAAUGAACGAUUGUCUGUGAAAAACACUAUUAAAGGACUCUUUUUACAAUUGGAGGGAAUGGACAGUGAUUCUGAUGUAGACUUACAGGUGCCAAUCCUGUAUUUCCCAACCGAAGAUAACAAAAUGGUUGAUUCAACACAAAUGAUUUAUUCAAACAACAAGUCGUUUUAUGAUGCGAUAGGGAAGGAUGCAGGACUACCUUAUUUUAUUGGCUUCCGAUCUUUGGAGCUGAGUUAUGACUGCAGUGUUAUGAAUAAAUUACCAGUCAAGUACAGGCCGCGUAUAUUAUCUAAGAUGGUAGAGAGGAGGAUGGAUGUGACAAACCUGGAAGUUACACAGGGACAUUAUGGAAAACUGCUACAAGAGUUAAUUCAAAGUUGUGAAUUUGUUGAGGGACUCCUACGUAUUUCACGUCAUGACAGACAGAAUACAGUGACCCUAAGAUCUAAAGAAGAACAUGAAAGCGACGUGUUAUCUGGAAUUCAGAAAAUCAAAGUGCUGCAAGUAAAAGACUUGAAAGUUGCCUAUGUUUUCAACGGGAAAAUUGUAGGAUAUAGUAAAGAUUUAAGAUUUAUACACGAGAAGGAAAAUAACCAGCAGGGAUUCGAGUGGAUAUUCUAUGUGAAAGUUCUAGAAGGAAUAGAUUUUACCCAUUGGCUUUCAAAGAUUGAAAAAGAAUUUGUAAAUUUGAUUUACAAAUCCACGGACAUCGGUUGCUCUAAUCAUGGAUCGUUGAUGUUAAGAAUUCUCAUGACAUUGGAGCAUCCAGAAAUGAUUUCAUCAAUCUUGGAUGAAGAAGAUUUUGAAGAUUAUCAGAUGAAUGAGCAAGUUUUCCUCCCAGUGUGUGGCACUUAUGUUAACGAGAAAUGGCAUCACAUGUUGGACAACACGACAUUUACAUUCGACGAUGGGGAAUAUGUGGCACUACACUUACAUGAUGAGGUAUCAAUAGAUUCCGAAGAAAGCGACAUAUUUAUAUUUGCAAUGAUUAUGAAGGUGAUAGAUUGUGAUAUAGAGGGAGAGCUAACACAUGAACUGACCAAAUACGAAGUAAAUGUUGGGGAGGACAGAUUCCUUAUCAAAUAUGCCUGCGAAAUAUACAAAAUUCUUCGCGAAAAAACAAGCUCUAAAGAACUUGUCAAUGCAGUUGAAAUUGCCAGCGAUAAGCCAGCUAAGACAAUACCUCUUCAAGUGAUUUUCAAAGAAGUCAGAAGAAAGCUGUUGGCUAUAUGGGCCUUACCAGAGAUGGAAAGAAAGUUGAUCUUUAAGAGAUAUCUAAGGCAAUGGCACCCAGACAAGAACAUUGGUAAUGAAGAACAAGCUACAGAAACGUUCAAGUAUAUCAAGUUUGUUUGGGACAGACUCACUAAUGGUGAUCCUGUAAAGGUUGACGAUGACGUGGACCCCGCGAAUUAUUCUCACCCUGGACCAUCCGCAAACCAACAUUUCUAUGAUAACAUCUAUCGGCAAUGUUCUAGAGAAAGAGAAUGGUAUCAAGCAUCAUCGGGGCCGAGUGCAGGACAUCAUAGAUCCCACUAUCGUGACAAUGAUCCCGUGUCUAACCCAAUGCAACAAAGGAAGUGGUUCAAACAGGCAGAACUUGAUCUUUGUGCAGCAGAACAUUUCAUGGAGUCAGCAGAAGAGGUGCAAGGAUACAAUUGGAUAUGUUACAUGUGCCAUCAGGCAGUGGAGAAGUCGCUGAAGUCGAUGGUUUAUGGAAAAGACGCCAAUAAUGUCACCAGAGGUCACGACAUUUGUCAGAUAGCAUUAUCGUUAAAGGAUGCUUCACUUAUUCGUGCCGUAGGUGAAAUACAAGCCCUUCUUGGAUACCACACAUUCAUGCGAUAUCCGGAUGAACAUGCUGCUGGCAGGAUUCCCUCGACGUCCUUUACCAGACAGCAGGCAGAAUCAGCUCUCAGGAUAGCAAAGAGGAUCCUCGAGGAAGUGAACACGAAGAACUAA